UCAUCAAAUUUCCACCAAAAAAAAAGAGGUGUAAACAGAAUCACCAAACAAGCUAAGGAAUUAAGGUUGAGCAAUGGAGAAAAAGCAGCAGCAUAACAAAUUCAGAAUCCUAAUGUUUCCAUGGUUAGCUCAUGGACAUGUUUUCCCCUAUCUUCAACUAGCCAAGGCUCUAUCAACCAGAAAUUUCCACUUAUACUUAUGUUCCACACCAAUCAACCUUAACUCUAUCAAACAAGAUGAUGAUCAUCAUGAUCUAGUCAAUUCGAUCGAAUUUAUCGAGCUUCAGUUACCUUCAUCGCCGGAGUUUCCUCCACACUACCACACAACCAAGAAUGUGCCGCCUCAUCUCAUGCCUAAGCUCCUUGAGGCCCUCGGGAAGUCAAGAUCCAGCUUCUCCACCAACGUCGCCUCGCUGAUGCCUGACUUGCUGAUAUUCGAUGUUUUCCAGCCAUGGGCAGCUGCAGUGGCCUCAUCACUAGGCGUUCCUGCUGUCCAUUUCGCCACAUCCGGAGCCACAGUGUAUUCAUUUAUGUAUCAUCGUCUCCUGCAUGGGGAGGAGCCGCCGUUCCCUUAUCAUGAGGCCAUCUUUCAGCACGAACAUGAAUGGAAGGCUAUCCGAGCAAUGGGACUCAGAGAUAAAAUGGAUCAAGGCACGUUGUUUCCCCACUUCUCGCUUUCCUGUGACAUAGUUCUGAUGAGGACCUGCAGAGAAAUCGAAGGGAAGUACAUAGACUACUUAUCUGAAUUGUGCAACAAGAAAGUGAUUCCUGUCGGCCCUCUUGUUGCGCAAUCGAAUACCGAAGAAAAUGAUAAACAGAUCAUGGAAUGGUUAGGCGAGAAACCUCCAUUUUCGACUGUGUUCAUUUCCUUUGGGAGUGAAAACUACUUAUCAAAGGAUCAAAUGGAAGAGAUAGCCAAAGGAUUAGAGUCUUGUGAAGUAAACUUCAUAUGGACUCUAAGAUUUCCUCCGGGGGAGAAAGUUAGUCUCGAUGAGACACUUUCGGAGGGAUUUCUUGAUAGGGUGAAAGAGAGGGGGAUGAUCGUACAAGGAUGGGCGCCACAGGCUAAAAUAUUGGCACAUCCGAGCAUGGGUGGUUUUGUGAGUCACUGUGGCUUGAGCUCGAUAAUUGAAAGCAUUUAUUUUGGGGUGCCUGUAAUAGGCAUACCUUUGAAACUAGACCAGCCAUUGAAUGCUAGGCUGGUGGUGGACACCGGGGUUGGGAUAGAAGUGAAAAGAGACGGGGAUGGACAUUUUACGGGGAAAGAUGUUGCAGAUGCUUUAAGAAAGACAAUCAUGGAGAAGACAGGGGAGGACAUGAGGCUUAGCUGUGCUGAAUUGAGCAAGAAGAUGAAAAGUAAAGAAGACGAUGCAGCGAAUGAAGCAGCAGAAGAACUGAAAACAUUAUGUACAAAGCAUAGACUGCAGAAGAGAAAUCAGAAUGUUUCAUCAAGCUAAACAGAUCAAGAUCAUCUCAGUUACUCAAUAUCCAGAUAAAAGCAUAGAUCGACAGCGAAUGAGACAAG